AGCAGUAAAUAGCACUGUCCCUGUAAAUAGGUAGACUGUUUUUGCUAGUUGUGGAACCGUGGACAAGUUUAGUCUAAAACUUAGUUUCUGUAAAAGGAGGACAUUGAUACCUACCUCAAAGGGCUGUUAGAUGCUCAAGAAGUGACAAUACAAAUGCCUAUGAAGAAACAGGAUCAGGCUCCCUAUCCACCCAGCGUCAGACCACGCCCCGGCGUGUGACGCAAGCACGCUCCGUGCGUCGCGUCGCGUCGCGUCGCGGCGCUCACUAGGGGCCCGGCUUUCGCCCGCUGCUGCCGCCGCCGCCGCCGGCCGCGGCUGCACUCCCAAGAUGGCGGCUCCUCCGGGCGAGUACUUCAGCGUUGGGAGCCAGGUGUCGUGCCGGACGUGCCAGGAGCAGCGGCUGCAGGGCGAGGUGGUAGCCUUCGACUACCAAUCCAAAAUGCUGGCUUUAAAAUGUCCCUCUUCCAGUGGAAAGCCCAACCAUGCAGACAUCUUGCUCAUAAACUUACAGUAUGUUUCAGAAGUGGAAAUAAUUAAUGACCGAACAGAAACCCCUCCUCCCCUAGCUUCACUCAAUGUUAGUAAGCUUGCCAGCAAAGCACGGACAGAGAAGGAGGAGAAGCUGAGCCAGGCCUAUGCAAUCAGUGCUGGUGUCUCUCUAGAGGGCCAGCAGCUCUUCCAGACCAUUCACAAGACCAUUAAAGACUGUAAAUGGCAAGAAAAAAACAUCGUAGUCAUGGAAGAAGUUGUUAUUACACCCCCAUAUCAAGUGGAAAACUGUAAAGGCAAAGAGGGGAGUGCACUGAGCCAUGUACGCAAAAUAGUUGAAAAACAUUUUAGAGACGUGGAAAGCCAAAAGAUACUGCAACGUUCACAAGCCCAGCAACCACAGAAGGAGGCUGCCCUGUCAUCCUGAGUCCGUACACAUGGAGGACUCUUCCAGCAUCCAGCCAAGGAGGCGCUGGUGGUGGCUUCAGCGGAGGCAGGCCGGGGGAGGGAAGGGAUCCUAUAUGUCCUGUUGGCUCUUAACAAAGGGUCAGCAUUUCCAAAUCUUAGACUUGAACAAACAAAACACCCAACAAAAAAGAACAAGAGAAUAAUUUAAAAGUUGAAUCAUUACUUGACUAACAGACUUCGGUCCACCAUGUCCUUUUCACAGCCCUCUUCUGGAACAGUCACCUUGUUAAUUUUAUUUUUGAAAAUUCUUUUCCCACUCUGCCCUUUUACUUCCAACUUUCCUUUCCUAGUCUGUUCCUGCCAUUCUGUUUUUAUAAGUGGCUACACUUGCCUUCUGAAUGAUUGAAAGAAACUUUUACAUCUUUUCUUCCAAAAUAAAAGUAACAAGCUGA